CACAAUGACGCGGAGAGGUUUGACGGGGAACGUUGUUGGGAUAUUCUGGUUAACGUCAUAUACAACAUAGUCCCCUUAGCCUCACUUUAGGCAUAUUAGGGACAUUCUCUGAAUCUAGGUAAUUCAGUGACAUUCCUGAAACAUGUAUAUCUAUUGACAUCUUCAGGAAGGACUUGGUCAGGGAUUAGGAAUCGACUUGUCCUGAAGUCCAAUCAAGGAUGUCAUAUUUGUGAUUCACACAUCAACCCAUCCCGCAAAUAAGAUGGCCGUAGAAUACAACAUAUCCGAUGUACGAGUCGACGUCUCUACAUGCCCUGUCAACGCGACCUCCGGCGAGUACGACGAUCUUGUGAUAGCUGCCUCCGUGGUAAGGCGUUUCUACAUCUGGUUUGUGUUUGCCUUUGGUUUCCCUGGCAACACCAUCAGCGCUAUUGUGGUCACCAGAAUGUGUCAGCAACGUCUUACAACGUCGUUGUUCUACGUCGGUUUGCUCGCCGUGGUGGACAACGUCGCUAUUGUUCUGAAGCUCGUGGAGAACCAGUCCCAGAACAGGAGAUUACCCAUGGACGACACAAGCUGCCGGGUACUGUUCUUCCUGGGGCUUAUUUUCUCCACCUACGCCAACUGGAUACUAACCACCCUGGCAAUAGAGAGAUUCCUCGUGGUCAGGUACCCGUUCAAGAUGGCGGUGUUGUGGACUGUGAGGAAAGGCCUGGUGAUUAUUUCGUGUGUGUUUGUGCUGCUGUGUCUGAUCCACCUCCAUCUGUUGUGGACAGUCAUUCACUAUGAAGGAUACACGUGCACGCUGACACUAGAAGGGCCAUCGUUCAAGGCCUGGUUCUAUGUCGGGUCCUUUCUGUACGCCAUCCUGCCGGCUUCCUGGCUCUUCAUCUGCAACAUCCUCCUUAUCAUCUACGUCAGGAGGUCGGCCACCAGACGGCGGGCUCUGUCAGAGAAUCACUCGACCACAGUUGCCACUAGAAGAUUCGAUGCACAGAUCACUUCGAUACUGGUUAUUGUUGCAGCAGUCUUUGUCAUUUUGUCGUUUCCUAGAUGCGUUUUCACGGCCGCAUAUGCGUACUGGAAUCCAACCAGUUGUUCUAUAGGUGAAGCGAGAAAAUAUUUUCUCGACGUCCUGACCAGCAACAUCGCCGACACCAGCCACGCCGUUAACUUCUACCUGUACUUCCUUGCUGGGAAGAGAUUUAGAAAUGCCUAUUCUUCUAUUAUCCGGGAAGUCUCGUCCAGAAAACGAACCCAGAUAACGACCUCAGUGAGUAAAUAUGUCACGUCGCUCUAGCAAUGUCUCAGCCGAAAAGCGACUGUCAGUAAACACAGCCAUGUUCAAUCAUCGCCAUUCAGGGGCGGUCGGGUAGCCUAGUGGUAAAAACGUUCACUCGUCACGCCGAAGACCCGGGUUCGAUUCUCGACAUGGGUAUAAUGUGUGAAGCUCAUUUCUGGUGUCCCCCGCCGUGAUAUUGCUGGAAUAUUGCUAAAAGGGGCGUAAAACCAUCGCCACUCUCUAAGUUCAGCAACGUCUGGCUCAGUCGUCAAAGCAACGCAAUCCGCUGUGCAGAGUUGCGUCCCGUAGAUGUGCCAGAAACCUAUGAUCUUGGGUUCGAAUCCCGGUUUGCUCUUAUUGCUUUUGGUUUGUCGGCACCACACCCGUGCUCGUGUAUGUUUUUUUUUAAAUGUGGUAAACGUCUAAGUAAGACCUGCCACACUUCAAGCUUUCCUCCUACAAGCUGAUAUAAAUGAAAUAUUGUUCAAAAGAGGCAAUUAAUUUACCAUCAUAAAGAGGUGCUCAAUUACUAUAUUAUAAAUAAAUAAAAUAACAAACUGUGUUCUUUGGACACGUGUUAUUAUGAACGAUCAGUAAGAAGGGGGCUUGAUUACUUUUUUUUAGAAAAAACUCCCUCUCUCUCCCCCGUGAAAGUCAAAUUAUUGCUGUCUUGACGUAUCGUAAGCUUUAAAAUUGAUGCAAUUUUGUUUGGAAAUGUAAACGGUCGAGAAGUGUAAAUGAAGUUCAAUUUAAAUCAGUUCAUAAAUAUAUCAUUGCAAGCCAGCGAUUUCAUUUCUUUGAUGAUAUGUUCGAUUUUAUUCAUGAUCAAUUUUCUCCUUAUUUUAUGCCAUAUUUGAAAACACAUUUUCUUGUUUACGUGUUUAUGAUGAUUAUAAGUAUCAUGUAUUUCUUGAGGCGACCCAGUGAGCAGGAUGUGCUUUUAUCCCA